GUCUAAGAAAAAUAUUAUAAAAGAGACAAAGUUUCUUGAUGAUCAAUCUUAAUCAAACUCAAUUAAAGUUAAUCAGAUCAAACAGUCAACUACUAGUGUGUGUGUAUAUAUAUUGUUACUUUGGUAAGUUAGUUAGUUAGGAAACUCAACAAUCUUAAUUUUUUUUUCUUCUUCUUCUUCUUCAUCAUUUUUAUCAUCUUCGUUGUAACUGAGAUUCACGAGUCUCUCACUCAUCAUCAUCAUUAUCAGCAUCUUCAUCUUCAUCAACUCACAAAAUGUUAUCAUCAUCUCACUGAAUACUCUCAAUUAUCAUCACAAUUACAAUUCUUGACAAUUUUUUUAUUCUUUUUUUUUCUCAACAGAACUUUUUUUUUGCUUCUUCUUUUUUUUCUCGUUUUCAAUGGUUCUAACUUGAUUCUUUGCCUAACAAAGCAAAGUUAAUUGUUAUUCCUGCUAAUGGGCAACACUUAAUCAACAUAAUCUGCAUCAAAUUAGUUGUCAACAAUUGUUAAUUAUGUGCUAAAUUGUGAUAACAACAAAGUUUAUCUUCAAGUAUUAAACAAUCAACAUAAUUAUUGUAGUUUAAAAACAAAGUAACAAAAUCAAAGGGAAAAUGUUUCAAUCAUUUUAUCAAUACUUUUUGAUAUUUUCUGUUUUUAUCUUCACAAUUGUGACAAUUUCAUCAACUGGGUCACAUUUUGAUUCUGUUGAUGGUGAUUUAAUUGCUGAUAAUGAUGAAGAUGAUGAUGAUGAUAAACGUUUAUUUGUUAAUAAAACUCAUCGAUCCAGUCGAUUCAAUAUGUCGAUUCGUUUCACCAAUAAUCGGGAAUCAACACCAUUGGAACCUUAUGUUAGACUUUCAUCAUUAUUAUUCAAACCUUAUCGUUAUCAUGUUCACUGGGAUCUUACUGAAGGAAUUGAAACUUUCUCAGGAACUGUUAACAUUUCAUUCAUGGUUCUUAAAUCGACAAAUUGUCUUAACAUUCAGAUAAACACGCUUAAUAUCAGUUCACUUUCCCUGAAAUAUCAAGAUUCCGGUGAUACCAUUUUGGUGACAAAAAGUUGGCUCAGUAAAUCGGAUAUUUAUGUUAUCGAAACUGUUGAUAAUGUUACUGACCAUCAGAUGAUUUCAAUGUUUAUCAAAUUUACAGGAACUUUUCAAAGUUUAGGUUUUCUUAUCCAUCAAACAACAACACCAAUAACAAGAUACACUUACAUGACGAAAUUUGAACCAAUCCAUGCUCGAAAAGCUUUCCCCUGUUUCGAUGAGCCCGAUAUGAAAGCUCAUUUUAAAAUUAGUGUUAAACAUAAUUCAUCAUUGAAAGCUUAUUCUAACAUGCCCUUGGAAAGUAUUGUCAACAGUUCUGAGAUUGACUCUCAGAAUUGGAGUAUAUCAACGUUCAAGGAAUCACCUCUAAUGACGACGUAUCUUGUUGCUCUCGUUGUUUGUGACUGUCAACGUUCAAUUGCAUCGACAUCACGAGGAGUAGAGAUCGGAAUAAUAACAUUGAAAGAAGACUCGAAUAAAACAGAUUACGCUUUAUCUAUUACCGUUAAGUGUAUGGAAUUUUUUCAACAAUAUCUUGGGAUCGAAUAUAAAUUCCCGAAAUUAGAUAUUUUCGCUGCUCCACAUUAUCCAUCAUUCGGAAUGGAACAUUCUGGCUUAAUUAUCCAAUUCUAUCAUCGAAUCUUAUAUCAAAAAGAUGGCGAUUAUGAGGUUUACAAUAAGGAAUGGAUUCUGUAUACAACAGCUCAUGAAAUCGCUCACCAAUGGUUCGGUAAUCUGGUAACACUACGCUGGUGGGAACACACUUGGCUUAAUGAGGGUUUCGCCACGUACUUUGCCACCAAAGCUGUCGAACAUGUUGACCCUGGAAUGUCCUCUGAUGAUCUAUUUUUAAUCAAUCGAUAUCGAACCUCACUUGCAUACGAUUUACGUGGUAUUUACAAUCCAUGGAAUCGGACAGUAGCACCGAUAGCAAAUGCUAAUCAGAUAAAACAAUCUUUCAGUUGGUUAAGUUAUCAGAAAGGUGGAAGCAUUUUAAGAAUGAUGGAAGACUUUAUUCACCAUGAUAACAUGACCAAACUGAUUCGAUCCUAUUUAACUAAACAUUCUGAUUCCAAUGUGGUUACUCGGGAUUUCAGUGAAGAGGCUGAAAAAUAUUAUUCAGAGAUUAAUAUGACUGAAUUCAUCGAUUCAUGGACUCAACAAUCAGGAAGUCCAAUAAUAACUGUUACACAUAAUAAGAAUGGAACUGUUCGUCUGAGUCAAAUAUCAUCUUUAGCUCUUAAAUCAUACAAGGAAUCUCUAUCUUCCAGGAAUCCUGAUUCUCAGGAGAAUUCGAUUAAUUCAACUGAUUCUCUGACCAUGGAAAAAAAUUCUCCUCAUAUUGUUUCGUCUUCUUCUUCAUCAACAGUUCCACCAAUUCCAUCAUCAUCAUCAUCAUCAUCUAAUCGAUUAGUUAACGAAUCAUCGGUAAUCUGGUUAAUUCCAAUAACAUAUAAAACUUCCGAUGGAUCUUCAGGAUUAAUUUGGUUAACUAAAUCAAGUCAAGAGUAUCGAUUAUGUGACAAUUGUUCAUGGAUUGUGUUUAAUGUUAACAAAAAGGGUUAUUAUAUUGUUAAUUAUUCUCAUAAUCAAUGGUUAACAAUAAUUGAUGCUCUUAAUUCUGAGCCUGAAUCAUUUUCACCGCAAACAUUUACAGGUUUACUACUUGAUGUUUAUUAUUUAUUUGAACUUGGCUUAGUUGAGGUUGACAUUUUUUUCAACCUAAUGUCAAAUGUCAAACGUUAUUCAUCAUUGGGAUCACUUUGGUUAGCCUUAAAUUGGUCCAAAGUUUCAUUUGCGGCUCCAUCUUUUGGAGAAGGUCGCUAUCUAUUAUAUAAAUAUCGACGAGAUUUACUUGAAUCAAUAUACGAAAAAGUUUCAAUGGUAUCAUCUUCAUCUCCAUCAUCAUCAAUCUCAUCAUCUCCAUCCUCAUCCUCAUCAUUAAAAAUACCUCAAGAGCCAUAUGACAAAAUGGUAAUCAGAUAUGAACUUCUUGAAGAUGCAUGUGAAAUGAAAGUUCCUGAUUGUCUUGGAGAUUCUUCAAAAUAUUUAUCAUCAUGGAUCGAAAAUGGAACUUAUAUUCCAAGUUAUCUACAGCAUGUCGUAUUUCGCCAUGGAAUGGCGACUUUGAAUAAUGUUACUUAUUGGGAAUUCAUUUUGAAUAAACUACUUACCGGUAAUUUGAACGGGAUUAAAGGGACCGCUUUAAUCAGAGGAUUAUUCGCAAUUAAAGAUGAUAAUCUUAGGGAGAAAGCUUAUUCCCUAUUAAAGGAUACAGAAUAUGAGAUCGAAGCUUCAGUUUUAAUUGAGACCAAAUGUCCAACGAUUUCGAGUAAACCAAAUCCAUCUAAAUUGUCUGUACUUAAAUGGUUGAUUGAGACUAAUUCUUAUGGUUUCCCUUGGCGAAAUGAGAAAAGUUCAAUGAUAUUGAAUUUAAUUAAUUCGGUGAACCAUCAAUCAUCAACAGAGAAUCAAAUUAAUUUGGUUAAUCAGCUAUUAGGUAAUCCAGUUAAUCCAUUCAGUUAUUCAAUUAAUCUAUUACUAUUAUCACCUUCUUCAUCUUCAUCAAUGGAGAUUAAAGGUUCAAUUGAUUUAAAUUAUAAAUUAAAUGGAACCACAAAAUAUUGCUCCUUGAUCAUUGGAUCACAAUUAACUAUUACAACAAUCACUGUUUACUCAAUUGAUUUAGCUAACAAUCAAUUUGAACAAAGGAAACAAUUAAUUGCUAAUUCAUUUCAUUAUCGACGCAACAAUUUGUUCAUCAUUGAAUUUCAAUCAAUUCUUCAACCAGGUUACUAUCUGAUUCAUUUAACAUAUUCAGGAAACUAUUCACCGGCAAUAAUAAUGAUCGAUCAACAAUCUAAUCACAAUCAGGAUCAAAUUAACAGAUCAACUUUGAGGAGUAUCAAUGGUCCUAAAAGUUUCGAGUUGAAAGGAGGAUUCAAUUUAUUUCCAACCUUUAAUCAUUCAAUUGGUUCAUCUCCGAGUUUCAAUAUUAAUCUUGUCUAUCGUUUAACCGCCGCUCAACCUUUGGCCUCAUCAAGUUCAUCGUCGGGAUCUCAUGAAGGUCCAACGAUAAUUCAUUCGGCAUCAACCGCUUUUAUCAAUAUUCUACCUGAACAAUUACGAAUCUAUUUAUCACCAGACAAGGUUCGAUUAACUCGAUUAAUUGAUUCUGACAAUGGAACUGAACUUUUUUUACCAUUCGAUAAUUCAAUCUAAUCGAAACAGUAUCAAACUCUAUUUAUUGUAAUUAUCGACCUUUCAAUUUAUCUCAAAGUGUCAUUUCUAAUUAACUAAUUAACUCUUGGAACCAUGUGACAAUUUAAUUAUCAAUAAUAUUGUCAACACUAUUUUCACUCAUUAAUUGAUUUUGUUGAUAAUUAAAUCGUUCGGACAAGAAGAAAAAAACUAAUCACAAUCAAUUAAUACAAUUUCCAUGUAAACAACAUGAGCUUAUGAUAAGUUAAUCCAUAAGUUUGACUUUAUCAGGAGAUUAAUUUAAUAGCGAUAAUAUUAUCCAUGGAUUUGAAUCAAGAUUAAGAUGAUGGAGAGGAAAAAGAAUUAAAAAAAAAGUAAUUAAAUGAACAAAUAAUUUCUUA